CGCCCACUGAACUGUCGUCAUCGCAGACGCAUUCUCCAAUGCAAGAAGACACACAGUCCAGAGUUGAAGCCCUGCUGUGCUGUUCAGAGGAGAGACGAGUUGGGGAUCCGCCGCUUCCUUUGCCAAAUGCCUCUUUAUACACGGGGAUAAACACACUCUCAGUCUGAUCGAGCAGCUGGCCAAUGGCUGACCUGACCGUGGCAGUGCCUCCCUCCCAGCUGAUGGAGGAGCUAAAGUUCCACCAGCACCAGGCCUGCCUCAGCAACGCCACCUCCUCCUCUCCCUGCACCUCCUCCAUCUCCAUGUUCUCCUCCUCCUGCCCCUCCUCGCCCUCCACCGCCUCCUGCGUCUCCUCCUCCUCCUCUUCCUCCUGUUCCUCCUCCCCGGGAUGCUCCCCUCACCAUCACCACCACCACCACCACCACCCGCUGGCCCCCUCCGGCAGCCUCUCCAGCCUGGGCCCAGCGAGCACCGAAAGUGGCUGCAGCUCGUCGGAGGCUCUCUCCCCUGAGUUUGGACCCGUGGUGGCCCUGGAGCCGGCGGAUCAUCUCAUCAUUGACCCGACGGUGGCCCAGAGGGCGUGCCAGGAGGUCCUGCAGAAGCUGAAGGGCUUUGGGAUGCAGGGACAGGGACAGGGCGACAACAACAGCCAUCACACCACCACCAUCAACGCCGACGUCACACAAAGCAGCCUGUCUGGCUGCCUGUCGGGCUCGUCUCCCGCACCCCCCACCACCUGCGACGGGUAUAAUGGAUCAACCCAGCCUGAGCCAGAGGUGGAGGUGGAAGAGGUGGACAGUGGAACGACCCAAGAGGAGAAGGAGGCGGGGGGGAUAGAAGAGGAGGAGAAAGAGGUGGUGGGAAGGAUUGAGGAGGAGGAGGAGGAGGCAGAGCCAGAGGUGGAGGUGGAGGUGGAAGAGGUGGACAGUGGAACGAACCAAGAGGAGAAAGAGGCGGGGGGGAUAGAAGAGGAGGAGAAAGAGGCGGUGGGAAGGAUUGAGGAGGAGGAGGAGGAGGAGGAGGAGGAGGCGGAGCCAGAGGUGGAGGUGGAAGAGGUGGACAGUGGAACGAACCAAGAGGAGAAAGAGGCUGGGGGGAUAGAAGAGGAGGAGAAAGAGGCAGGAGGGAGGAUUGAAGAGGAGGAGGAGGAGGAAGAGGAGGCGGAGCAAGUCUAUGAGGCAGCUGGCGGUGAAUCCUUAGAGUCUCCCCUCUCGGCCUUGAGCGAAAGCGAGAGCGUACCGUCACCUUCAUCAUCGUCACCAUCGCCACCACCACCACCACCAUCAUCAUCACCACCACAGCCAAUAGUGUCACCAUCACCAUUAUCACCCCUCCCACCAUCGUCAUUGUCAUCACCACCAUCACCAUCACCACAGCCACUGGUGUCAACAUCACCAUUAUCACCCUCCUCACCACCAUCCUUUUCGACAUCAUCAUCAUCAUCAUCAUCUACCUCGUCCUCCUCUUCCUCUUCCUCGGCUGCAGCUACGGCGGCUGCGUCCAAGCAGUCGUGGCUGCUGCGUCUGUUUGAGUCCAAGCUGUUCGACGUGUCCAUGGCCAUCGCCUACCUGUACAAGUCCAAGGAGCCCGGCGUGCAGGCCUACAUCGGCAACCGCCUCUUCAGCUUUCCUGAGCAUGAAGUGGACUUCCACCUGCCGCAGCUGCUCAACAUGUACGUGAACAUGGACGAGGAGCUGGGCGAGGCCAUCCGACCGUACGUGCUGCGGCGCUGCAGCCAGAGCGUGGCCUUCUCCCUGCAGUGUGCCUGGCUGCUGGGCGCCUACGCCUCCGACAUGCACCUCUCCACGCAGCGGCACUCGCGUGGCGCAAAGCUGCGCAAGCACAUCAUGUCCCACCUGCAGCAGCCCGGCAGCCCAGCCGCGUCCCUGCCGACCACGCCAACCACGACGAUGAUGUCCACGCCAUCAGCACAAACUGUAUCCGCGACAACUGUAUCCGCGACAACUGUAUCCACGACGACAACGACGGUGGUGUCUGCGGCAGGUGCCGAGGGCCAGGGACAGGGAGAAGGAAGCGUCUCGCCAGCUCCCGGAAGUCCGUCCCACAACAGGUUCCUGUCGCCGGCAAAGGCCCCACGGCACCAGAGGUCCAAGUCAGACGCGGUGGGGGGAGGAGGAGGGGUCAUCGCCGGGGGCGUCCGGGGGGGCGGUGGCUUGAAGAGGAGCGGCAGCAACCCCAAAGUGGAGGGCAGCUUUGAGGAGCCGGUGCGCCUGACGCCCCAGCGUGAGUUCAUCAAGUCGCUGAUGGUGAUCGGCAAGCGUCUGGCCACGCUGCCCACCAAGGAGCAGAAGACCCAGCGGCUCAUCUCCGAGCUCUCGCUGCUCAACCACAAGCUGCCCGCCCGCACCUGGCUGCCCACCGCCGCCUUCCACCACCACGUGGUGCGCAUACCGCACACGCAGGCCGUGGUGCUCAACUCCAAAGACAAGGCGCCGUACCUCAUAAACGUGGAGGUGCUGGAAUGCGAGAGCUUCGAGACGUCGCCGGUUCCCGUCCGUAUCCCGGAGACCAGGAUCCGCACCACGUGCUCGUCAGAGAACCUCCCCGACUGCGGAGUGGCGGCCGAGGGGCGACCCGGGGGAGGGGUCGUCUCCACGGUACCCAACUAUGACAACGACGACGAGGCCUGGGCCGUGGACGACAUUGGGCAGCUACAAGUGGAGCUCCCCGAGGGCCACACCAGCAGCUGUGACAACAUCUCCCAGUUCUCAGUGGACAGCAUCACCAGCCAGGAGAGCAGGGACGCCGUCUUUAUCGGCGCCGGGGACAUUCGGCGACGUCUGUCUGAGAACCUGGCUCACACCCCCACGACAUUCCGGAGGGAUCCAGAGGACCCCUCUGCUGUGGCCCUGAAGGAACCCUGGGAGGAGAAAGUGAGGCGGAUCAGGGAGUGUUCCCCGUAUGGGGGUCUGCCCAACUGGAGACUGCUCUCCGUCAUCGUGAAGUGUGGAGAUGACCUCAGGCAGGAGCUGUUGGCCUACCAAGUGCUCAGCCAACUACAGAGUAUCUGGGAGCAGGAGCGGGUGCCGCUGUGGAUAAAGCCCUACAAGAUCCUGGUGGUGUCGUGUGACAGCGGCAUGAUCGAACCGGUGCUGAACGCAGUCUCACUGCACCAGGUGCGUAAGCAGAGCCAGCUCUCCCUGCUGGACUACUUCCAACAGGAGCACGGAGGGCCGGCCAGCGAGGGCUUCCUCACCGCGCAGAGGAACUUUGUACGCAGCUGCGCCGGGUACAGUCUCAUAUGCUACCUGCUGCAGGUCAAAGACAGACAUAAUGGGAAUAUUCUGCUGGAUUCAGAGGGCCACAUCAUCCACAUUGACUUUGGCUUCAUCCUCUCCAGUUCUCCACGUAACCUGGGCUUCGAGACAUCGGCAUUCAAACUCACCAGCGAGUUUGUGGAUGUGAUGGGUGGUCUGGAUGGGGACAUGUUUAACUACUACAAGAUGCUGAUGCUGCAAGGGCUGAUCGCCGCUCGCAAACACAUGGAGAAGGUGGUGCAGAUUGUGGAGAUCAUGCAGCAAGGUUCCCACCUGCAGUGCUUCCACGGCUCGAGCACGGUGCGUCAGCUGAAGGAGCGUUUCCACAUGAGCCUGACGGAGGAGCAGCUUCAGGUGCUGGUGGAGCAGAUGGUGGACGCCUCCAUGCGCUCCAUCACCACCAAGCUCUACGACGGCUUCCAGUACUUCACCAAUGGCAUCAUGUGAUAGGGGAGCGCACAAACACACACGGGCACACACACACACACACACACACAGACACACAAAGACAGAUGUGCAUACAUACACACACACACACAUGCACAAACACACAGACACACACACACCUUUUAGUGCCUAAAGAGCCGUGGUGGUGUUGAGCAGCAUGUUGUAGACCUUGAUGUGCAGUGCAGUACUUUACAUGGAUGCCAUCAGAUUGGCAAGUCAAAGGAAAGCUGCAUCCAACACACACACACACACACACACACACACACACACACACACA